GAGGGGCCACAGGGGUCCGUGAGCGGACCAUGGCGGACCAAACGCGACUGCAUCCUUUCAGUCGGCCGCUGAACCCGCGCGCCGUGCGGUUGUUCGUGUGUGUAUUGCACUUGACUUCGAUUCAUCGCGUAUCGUUCUUUUUUUAUUCUCCACUGCGGGACUACGCGUGUGAGGUUUUUCUAUUCGCCGGCUAUCCAUCCGUACCUGCGAAGGUAACAAAGACCGAGGGAAACGGCAAGGCUAUAAUCCAGAGGAAUCUUUCCUGACCAAACCAGGACCACGACACACGCUCACGGAUUUUUUGGAGUACGUCUUUAGAUUGUUUUCGUGCGCGGGCGUAACGCCGACGUGAAGUUCUUCUGCAUGAUUUCGUACGAACCGUCGUUGUACGGUACGAAAGGCACCGAGAGCGACGAGGAUGACGUAGCCGUCUGGCGGCUGCCAGUUCACGAGAAUCUUAUCGAGAGGAUGUACACGAACGAACAAGGUACACGAAACAAGAAGUCGUUUGCAGGCCAGUCGAUUGUUCACGCGUUAUCAGAGAAAACCGGGAUAUCGAGAGCAAGAAUCACUGCCAGAGUAAUAAUACUCAGUUAGAAAAGUGUCGUUUCGUCCCAACUUCCGUCCAAUUUGACAGAGAGGAACGAUACAGAGGAGAAACAAAGAAACAAAAACGAAGGGGGCAGAUAGAAAGGAAUAUCGCUUGUGUUCGAAACAAAAUUCUCUUUCUUCGCUACUCGAGAUCAAAAAGACUGAAUAUCAAAGAGAGGCAAGAUGUUGGGAGUGAGUCAACCGGGAAAUCCACCCUCGAGCCUGCGACACUCCGCGAGUUUCUCUUGUUUGCAACGCGGUACCGCCAGCGAGGGACACAGGGCGAGGACCUCGACGCUUUUACAGCAGCCGAGCUUGCAGCUGAGCAACAGCCAUCAUCAAUACUCGUCCGGUCAGACUUCUCUGUUGCAGCAGUCGACCGGAACCGUUCAACAUCGCAUCGAGGCAUUAGAGGCCGUUCAAGACAGCAACGAUUACGGUUUCGUGAAAAUUCGACCACGUCUACGUAGCACUAACGCUACGUUACACUAUGAGGAGGAAUUGGCCGCUCAGAAAAACGCUCUUUGGGAUCGUGACGCGUCAGCGUUUAGCGAUCGCGAAUGCGACACCAAUUACAAAGAUUGUUCUUUGAAGAUCAAGGAUAGAGAAUAUUCGCCAAAAGGAGCCUCGAAGAAUCCGAAUCCACUGCGAGGAGCACUGAUACUUUUUACUUCCACGUCAUCUUGGUGGAAAGCCAAGCAACGCGAGGAUCAACUGAACAGUUCAUCUACGGAUCGCUCGUUGACCUCCGCCACCGGCGCUGUGUUGACCUCGUCCGAGCGAAAGUGGUCGAGCACCUCGAUGGCGUCUCCGUCGAACGAACGAAAGUGGCCAUCGGUGGUGACUUCGCCUACGAACGACCGGAAGUGGUCGGUAGGCAACAACAACGCUCUAACAUCGCCAGGGAACGAGAGGAAAUGGACCAGAUCGUCCGUCUCGUCGAAUUCGACGGGACAGCAGGACAGGAAGUGGCGGUCUCUCGGUGCCCUGUUAAGGGCUCCGAAUGGCACCAGUUCACACGCUGUUCAACAUUCGCUGUCGCAUAACAUGAGCGUCUCGAUGAUCGAGGGCGAGCACUUCCGGGAGGAUUUACGUGGGUCGAAUUGCAAGUCGACGCGUUACCAGCAGCCCACGUCCUACUCGGCCCGUGUGUCCCGUGUGAGCCGGGACAUCUACAGAGAGAACGGAGAAUUCGGUCAGGCUGGAAGGUCGAAGGUUAGCCGUAGGUUGUAUCAAGAAACCGCGGAUUGCGCGGAUAGAGACGUGGACGAGAGACACGUGACCGCUAGACAUCAAUUCGAUGACGAGUGUCGAGGUCGAACAAAUCGCGAGAGUAUCUGUAAAGCGGAACAGCAGUCCAUUGGCAACGAUUCGCGUGCAACUACGUCUACUACAAGAUCCAACCGGGCGCAGAGCUUUUAUCUUCUGGAUGAUUUCUUACGGCCUCAGCCGCAGCAGAAUAACAGCAAGUGCAUGCUGAACGUUUACCUGUCACCGUCACACUCAAAGUCGUCUGGCAAUGGUAACGAUCACUCGGCGGGAAGAUCAGCCGAUGUGAAACAGCAGGUCUCGCAAGGGAACGUGACGAACAUCACACCACCGCGACGUCAUAACUCUAGCUCGGAUAGCCUGGAGGUCGCGACUAGUCCGCUCCCGCCGCCUGUGCCGCCUCCGCCACCUCAGGUUACCGCCAGCCGAGACAGAGAAAGGGCUGAGAAUUUCAAAGAGAAGGACGUGUGCCAGUGCAAAAUGUGCUGGACCAAUAUGCAGCAGAGAUCUUUCGUAGAAGAGGUGAGUAGGCGCUCCCAAGAACGUGCAUCUCUCUACCAAGAGACAGGGAGGAGUCCUGGAACGCUGCACAAAGAUGUCGGUGGUGCUGGUACCAAGGUCAGCGGAAAGACGGUCGGCGGUGUCGGCACUGCAACCCUCACUUCGCUCUCCUCCAUUAAUAAUGCAUCCAACACCAGCCAGAACAAGAAUAAUCCCGUAUCUCAAGAGAAAUUAUUGUCAUUCUUUCAUCCCAAAUCAACACGAGUGGACAAGUCGGACAACAACAAUACGACCAAUUCCACAACUAACAACAUUCAUAACAACAUGCCGAUACACGAACCUAUCAAUGCCACAUCUCACGACGUAUAUCCUGGGAGAUUGCCAAUGACACCUGCGAUAGCUCGCAAGUAUUAUGGUUCGAGGCUCACCGAUUUCGAGCUCGCCGAAAUUCAAAAAUACUCGGAGAUUUGGUAUCUCGGACUGUCAGCCACGAAAAUCCGUGGCAAAGACGGCGCAGCCCAAAAUGGUGGAUACGAUGACGAAGACGGUAGCUACAACAAGGUCUUCCACGAUCAUAUCUCGUACAGAUACGAGAUAUUGGAGGUGAUCGGGAAAGGAAGCUUCGGACAAGUGAUCAGAGCGUUGGAUCACAAGACGGGACAGUACAUCGCCAUCAAGAUCAUCAGGAACAAAAAGAGAUUCCAUCAUCAGGCGCUCGUCGAAGUGAAGAUCUUGGACCACCUCAGGAAGAAGGAUUUGGAGGCGAACGCGUCGCACAAUGUGAUACACAUGCUAGAAUACUUCUACUUUAGGAACCAUUUGUGCAUCACCUUUGAGUUAAUGAGUUUGAAUUUGUACGAGCUAAUCAAAAAGAAUAACUAUAAGGGAUUUAGCCUGAGCCUAAUACGACGAUUCGCCAACUCGUUAGUUAGCUGCCUGAGACUGCUGUAUCGAGAGAAUAUCAUUCAUUGCGAUUUGAAACCCGAAAACGUGCUUCUGAAACAGCGGGGAUGCAGCUCGAUUAAGGUGAUAGAUUUCGGAUCCUCGUGUUACAGUCACCAGCGUGUAUAUACAUACCUUCAGUCCAGGUUUUAUCGAAGUCCAGAAGUGAUUCUGGGUAUUCAAUAUGGUACGCCAAUCGAUAUGUGGAGUUUAGGCUGCAUUUUGGCCGAACUUUACACCGGUUGCCCGUUAUUCCCCGGCGAGGAUGAGAUCGAACAGCUUGCUUGCAUCAUGGAAGUUCUUGGACUUCCGCCGGAACAUAUUAUCGAUCUCGCGACUCGUCGCAGGCUUUUCUUCGAUCCGAAGGGAAGUCCUCGAUGCGUGACAAACAGCAAGGGCAAGAAAAGGUGGGCUGGUAGCAGGAAUCUUGCUAUAGCUCUCCGUUGCACUGACACACUUUUCGUUGACUUCGUUCGCAGAUGCCUCGAGUGGGAUCCACAGAAACGCAUGACCCCCGACGAGGCAAUGCGUCACGAGUGGUUGAACUCUUCUUCCUUUCACGUCAGCUCCUCGACGUCGACGAUAGCCGCGUCGACGGUAAACGCGAACACGAAUGCGAAUGCGAACACAACGAGCAUGGAAACCUCGUCGCAGUCCGCCCACGCUCAGACGGUGAGCGUGACGGUAAGCGCGCCGAGGCAACGGGCGACCACCGUCGAAGAUCCUCCGUACUCGAUGUAUCGUCUGUGCAAGGGACGUAAGUACGUGCAGAGGAUCAGUACGACCGAAACCACCGACAACGCAGGUCUCGUAGUGAAAAGCAAGCUGAACGGAAGCGCGAGCAGCCACGCGCUCGCGAGUAGCACGCAGACCACUACCUCGAGGCACGCUUCGACCGGCGAUAUCGUCGCGAGUCUGGAUCCAAAUCUCGACGAUUCCGGUACGUUUUUACCUCCGAUAUUGUGAAAUCGGUUUUGCGCUACCCACUUCUAGAUGCUUUCGCGUGUCGCGAUCGAACAACACUCGCUCUCCGACAUACACCGAGAUGAUAUAUGAAAAGAUUGUUUUAUACACUAAUUGUUGUAAGAAAAUGACAGGCGUAUGUUGGUCACUUUUUUUGUUAGUUGGAACAAGUAACAGGUUGGAUGACUGAUUUAGUCACGACAAUAAAAAGCAAGCCACGUACACAUACACAAACGCACGGCCGUCGUACGACCGGUUAAGACCAAAAUAAUCCGCAAUUCAUGAAUUUAUCAAUUACGAUGAUGGCACUCUUGUGAAGAUGGAUAAUUCACGAGUAGCGAGUUUCGAUAUCCGGUGUACUCGAAGAGUGAGAGAAGAAAAACCCUUGGGAAUGAUACAUGACAUCGAGGCACGUAGAAUUGGCUGGCUGUGGAUCUGGCCCCGGAUCGUUAUCGAUGCCAAAAGACUAGUCUAGUGAUUUCUCGCUAGUCUCUCGGCGUUGUAUUGACGUGUAUGAGGCCAAAACAAUACGACGAGGCGCGCGCGCGAUGCGAACAACGAGCAGCAUGAUUUUUAAUUAUAGUAGAAACGGAGAACGCGGUCGUUUCGGUUCGUUCAGUCGCGACUGACGAAAAAAAGGAAUUAAAGAAAAGAAAAAAAGAGGAGAAUAAAUGAAAUCUGAUCCCAGCGGCCCCAAUGUCACUCAGGUAAUAUCGUAAACGACGCGCGUGCACCGAUAUCGUAGAAGUCGAUCGGAAGUAGAGUUUCGUUCCCUCACUCCCUAUCCAAAACGUUCAUCCCUUAUCCUCCAAGUGUUUAGCGAGAAUUUUGCUACUGUAGCCGAGACGAUACGUGUUUCUUAUUUUUAUUUUUUUAUUUUUUUUCUCUUUUUUUGCAAACCGCGAGUCGAGCAAGAGAGGAUUGUUUGCCGUGUGCAUACUUUUUCCAACGAUAACGGUCACAUCGGCGCGUCGUUCAUCGAGAGGAAUAGAGAGAGACCAUCAACAUGAACGACGCACCUCUCAUUCGCACAGUUGGCCCUGUGUUUCCAAUGAUGCAUAUAAAAAAAAAAAAACAUAUAUAUAAUUCUAUAGGCGCAAACGAUCGUCGCGAUUAGUAACAUUGUAAGAAAAAUUCGAUUCGCAAUCGACGAGCGCAAAUUAAUGUUAUGGUUACUAUAUAUAAAUAUAUACAUAUGUAUACUGUAUGUAUACGAAGAAAUAUGUAUGAGAAACGCAGCGAGAAAAGGGUGAAUGCGUUUUUAACAACGAGAUUACCGCGCAACGCGAAAUUUUCUCAUAGAGCAUUAUGCAGCAUCGAAUCGCGGUUAAAACGUGGAGAAAGAAGUUUAAAAGAAAAAAAAGAAAGAAGAUAAGUAGAACCUGAGUCGUCUGAAACCCCGUGACAACAGGGUCGUACCGAUUAAUAAUGAAACGUCAAGGCAAACCUCGGUGAGAAAGGGAGAGAGUGCGUUUGUGUGUGUGUGAGAGAGAGAGAGAGAAAGAGAGAAAGAAAGAGGCGAAACUCCUGGAAAUGAAACAUGUGCCCCAGUUUCAACGAGGCCUGAGUAGUCUUAUUGUGAUAUUAAUCUACCACUGUCUUUUACGUAGAUCUCUGAUAUUAAGAAGUAAAUGAUCGCUAUAAUUAAUGAUUAUCUUUUUUCAUUCUUAACUAUCAAUCAUUAUUUUCUUAAUAUUGAUUUAUCGCUCUCGCUAUUAUCGCAAGAUUACAUAAUUACGAUAUUAACGAAGUUAUUCAAUGAAUAAUAACACAGAAAGAUAACAUUAUUAUUAUCAUUAUUAUUAUUAAUUAUUAUUAUUCUUAUUACUAUAAGGAUUGUACAGACAUAAUUAAGCCUUCAAAACCCAACAAUUCACAGCACGCAUUCGCUUCUUCUUUAACUUUCAUUCUUUCUUUUUGUACUUUGAUUUUCCUACAAUAGAAGGUAUGUUUUAGAAAAGAGUCGCAUGAAAUUUCUUCACCACAUUGUUCUUAGCAUAAUUUUUUAUCACACUUACUGGUAUAUUACGGUAUGAUUUCUCGGCCCAAACGAGAUAUCAGCAUCGUGUUCUUUUUCUAUUCUAUUAACCGCCUCAACUUCUCACUAUUUCUCAUUCUAUUUUCACUGUUAAGUUAGCUAAUCUUUUUAGAAAUCGCAUCUCUUCGCUCAUCGAUCGACUAUUAAAGAUUAAGAUCGAAGAUUCGUGUUAUCUUUUAGCGUAAAUGCGAAGGAUUUGAAGGGAAAUAAAUCUCUGUAUCGUGUAAUAUAUAUUGCCUCGACACACACACACAUAUACACACAUAAUAUACACGCGCGCGCGCGCGCGGGAAAGAGAAGAAGAAACAGUGUUUCCGCUCGGUGUUCAAAAAAUCACAAUGAAAGUUCAACUAAACGAGGAAAAAGAUAUACUCGUAGUUACGAUAAAUAUCAUUAGCGUUAUCCGUAUACUUGUAAUUGUUCGUUAUUAGUAAUCUUCGACAUAUAUUUUGCCGAGCGUUAUUUUUUGCGUUUCGACUGGUAAUAUAAUUAGAUAACAAAAAUCGCUUCUUAUAAGGAUGUAAGCGUAAGUUGUCUUCGAGCAUUUCGUCGCUGAGCCUCGAGAGGCCAUGAUGAUUCCGACAGCCAAAGCCGUGUGUGAAAAUAUUAAAACGCAUGUACAGGAUGGCAGGGAAAAGAACGGAAGAGAAGCGAGAAGUAUAUUCGCAUAACAAAGACUGAAGUAAUAAACAGAAAUUUUAUUUAAAGACAUCAACCUCGAUCAUUUAUAAUAAUAACAAGAUACAUUUUUAUCGUAUAAGUACCUAUCUACUUUUGUCGAUUAAACGACCACAGCCUGUAAUGCAUUUUUCUUAUCUUUCUCACGUUUAUCUUGCAUCCUGAAGAGUGUAAGGAGGAAGAUGCAACUUGACCGUAGCAUGGCGGCUGUGUUCCGUUUUUAAACUGCAUGUUUCUUCUGACUUUUGCGUGUUUGGACAUUAUGAUUUUAAAACUAUGACUGAUUCGUUCAAAUACCUCUGAUUAACGUUUUUAAUUAAACGCAUCUUUCCUAAGCAUUCGUUUGGUUUGUUUGAGACGAAAUCUUGGACAUGGCGUAAUGGAAGACAACUUACAUUAUAUGAAAGAUAAAUAGAUAUAUUAUGGAAGAUGCUAAAGAGAAGAAUGUAGGAUAAGGUAUUCGAAACAUGUGUGGAUAUCUUUGUUCUCUUCUAAUAUAGAAUAAUUCUUGGGAAGCUGAUCAAAUCGGAUUGAUUCAAAGGUAGAAAUCCUGGAACAGACUUGAAUUAUAAGUUUGUUAUAGUAGUAUAUUAAGAUACAAUUGAAAGUUUUAAAAAUCGUUCGGAAAAAUUUAGAAAGAUAUUCAAAUAUUUUUUACAUACCUUAUCCUAUAAGAACAAAAGACGAACUCGCAUUACUUAAUAGCCGAUAUGUAAGAUAGCGUUAAUUUUUUAACACGUUUACCAUGUGGAGAAUAUAUUUUAAAUAUCUCGCGGGUUUGUAAAUCUUCUAAAAAUCGAAUUGGUUGAUUCAAAGUGCGUAACGAACGGUUCUAAAUUCGCAGGCGUCACCGGAACGAGAAAAAGAGAGAGAGCUGCCCACAGAAGCACUUUGUUCGACUAUAGUCAGAGCAGCGAGUCCAACAUUUAACGACCGUAGUAUCUAAGCCACAUUUACACAGCACACAUACGUUCAGACACACACACGGAACAAACACACAGACAGAUUUAUAGCAAAACAAGAAAUAUCAAAUUGUGUAUAAUAACUAACAUUAGAGAAAAGAAAAAAAAUAACGCGUGUGCGUCCGUAUGCAUAUGUGCGUGAGAACGAACGAAAAAAAAAAAAAAAAAAAGAAAGAAA